UUUUACAAUUCUCUUGUCACUCCCCACCAGUACUGCGACUUGUAGGUACCUGUCACUGCCAUCCUUUUUGUCUCAUUUCAAGCACUGUUCAUAAGCUGUAGAAGGUCUUGGCUGUGACCCACAAUUGCAGUCAUGGCACCUAAAAAGAAGAACGUCAAAAAGAACAAAGGCGCUAUGAAUGAGAUGACCAUCAUCGUUGAGGAUGGACCUUUGAGCAAAUUAAAUGGGUUAAACACUCUUAUAGAGGGUGGCAAUGGCUUCAGCUGCAUCUCUGCUGAGGUAACAGAUGCUUCCUAUGGGCCAAGCCUCAUGGAAGGCCUAAGCAAGAUGAAACAAGAAGGCUUUUUGUGCGACUUGACCAUUGCCACCAAAACAAAGUCUUUUAGUGUUCACAAAGUGGUGUUGGCUUCCUGCAGUGAAUAUGUUCAUAAUGCACUGAAGAAGGAUUCCUCCAUCCAGAGACUGGAGCUCAACGAUAUAUCCCCAGUUGGCCUGGCUACAGUUAUUGCAUAUGCUUACUCAGGGAAGCUUAACUUGUCUUUGUAUACUAUUGGUAGUACCAUUGCCACUGCCAACUUUCUAAAAAUUCAGAGCCUUGUAAAGAUGUGCUGUGACUUUUUAAUUCAGGAGGUCAAUGUGGAAAAUUGUAUGUAUGUGGCCAACGUUGCAGACACCUAUGGACUAAAAAACACCAAAGAGGCUGCACAAAAAUUCAUGAGGGACAGUUUUAUUGACUUUUCCGAAACAGACCAGUUCUUGAAACUCACCUACGAUCAGAUCAGCAAUUUCUUAUCGGAUGAUGCCCUACAGUUGCCUUCUGAAAUCACAGCAUUCCGUAUUGCAAUGAGAUGGCUGGAUUUCGACCAAAAGAGGAUGAAGUAUGCAGCUGAUUUGCUGGCCAAUGUACGUUUCGGUACAAUCUCAGCGCAAGACCUGGUGAGCUUUGUGCAGACUGUGCCUAGGAUGAUGCAAGAUAGUGAAUGCCACAGGCUUCUUGUGGAUGCCAUGAAUUACCACUUACUUCCAUAUCAACAAAACAUGUUGCAGUCAAGAAGAACAAAGGUGCGCGGUGGCCUCAGAGUCCUAGUCACUGUGGGUGGACGUCUAGCCUCAACCGAAAAGUCCCUCAGCAGAGACAUCUUGUACAGAGAUCCUGAGAAUAACUGGAAUAGGCUGACCGAAAUGGCUGCCAAAAGUUUUAAUCAAUGUGUGGCUGUCAUGGAUGGAUUCCUUUAUGUGGCUGGUGGUGAAGACCAGAAUGAUGCCAGAAACCAGGCCAAGCAUGCUGUCAGUAAUUUCUGCAGAUAUGACCCCCGUUUUAACACUUGGAUCCAUUUGGCUAACAUGACCCAGAAACGUACCCACUUCAGCUUGAAUGCCUUCAAUGGCCUGCUUUUCGCAGUAGGGGGACGCAAUUCAGAUGGCUGUCAGUCUUCAGUUGAAUGUUACGUACCUACCUCCAACCAGUGGCAGAUGAAGGCACCCCUUGAAGUGCCAAGGUGUUGUCAUGCCAGUUCUAUCAUUGACGGGAAGAUUUUGGUCACCGGCGGCUAUAUUAAUAAUGCAUACUCACGCUCUGUGUGCGCCUAUGACCCGUCAAGUGAUAGCUGGCAAGACAAAGCCAGCCUCAGCACCCCAAGAGGGUGGCAUUGCUCUGUUAGUCUAGGUGAUCGUGCCUAUGUCAUGGGCGGCAGUCAGCUUGGAGGUCGUGGCGAGAGAGUUGAUGUUCUGACAGUUGAAUGUUAUAACCCACACACUGGGCAAUGGAGCUACUCUGCACCCCUACAGACAGGGGUUAGCACUGCAGGGGCUGCUGCCUUCAAUAAUAAGAUUUACCUGCUUGGGGGCUGGAACGAAAAUGAAAAGAAGUACAAAAAGUGUAUCCAGCGUUACAACCCUGACCUCAAUGAAUGGACUGACGAUGAAGAGUUGGCAGAAGCGACAGUAGGCAUCUCGUGCUGUAUUGUGACCAAACCAAGCCACAAAACCAGGGAGUCCAGGGCAAGCUCUAUAUCAUCAGCUCCAGUCAGCAUUUAAAAUGUUCAUACUGGAAGGGAAAGUUAGGAGUUACAAUUAGCCAAUCAAGUGCAACCAAGUCAUAGAAGUGUGGGCAUUGCUGAAGAUGAAAAUUCAAAGCAAAGAAUAUCCAAAGUAAAUUUUAUGGCUUUUGUCAUCUUUCAUAUAUAUAUAUAUAUA